AUGGCCGGGGCGGGUUCGGCGGCGGUGUCGGGGGCCGGCACGCCCGUGGCGGGGCCCGCCGGCCGGGACCUGUUCGCCGAGGGGCUGCUGGAGUUCCUGCGGCCGGCGGUGCAGCAGCUCGACUCGCAUGUGCACGCCGUCAGAGAGAGCCAGGUGGAGCUGCGGGAGCAGAUCGACAACCUGGCCACAGAGCUGUGCCGCAUCAACGAGGACCAGAAGGUGGCAUUGGAUCUGGAUCCCUACGUGAAGAAGCUGCUGAACGCGCGGCGGAGGGUGGUCCUGGUCAACAACAUUCUGCAGAACGCUCAGGAGCGGCUGCGGCGGCUGAACCACAGCGUGGCCAAGGAGACGGCGCGACGCCGGGCCAUGCUGGACGGGGGUUCCUAUCCCCCCGGCUCCCCCAGCAAGUGAUGCGUCCUUGGACCCGCCCGCGCCCAGGGGACCCAGGAGAAGAACCGGGGCCGGGAGGGCGGCACCCCUUCCCCGCGACGACCGGGGUGGCGGUCUGCGGGCCGCCCGCCCACCCCGGGACGACCCCGGUGACCCCCCCUUCCCAGGUGGGGGAAGAGGGACAGAAUGGAGAGAUGGUGGAGGGGCCCUACAGGCCACGGGGUCGGGGAGGGAACCGUUUUCAAGGGGUAGAACGUUUAAUUGUUUUCUAAAAAAUAAACCACAAAUACCACAAA